UGUGUUAGAAAGUUAAACAGAAACAACACAAACUAAAACCCUUAGAACAUUUGUGAGAGAAGAAGACUGAAGACCUUAGACCUUGCAGAAGAAGAGAAAAAGAGAUGGCUAGAGAUAGCUGCUUGGCUAGAGUUGGCGCCGGUGUUGCUGUCGGUGGUGCUGUCGGAGGUGCCGUCGGUGCUGUUUACGGGACUUAUGAAGCUGUACGAUGCAAGAUUCCAGGACUGCUAAAGCUCAGGUACAUUGGCCAGACAACUGUCGGCAGUGCUGCAAUAUUUGGUCUCUUUCUGGGUUGUGGAAGCUUGAUACAUUGUGGAAAAUCGUAUUGAUUGUUUGUGUCUAGUUUUCUUCGAGUUAAUCUUCCUGGAACUUUCAAGAGACGUAGUUUAUGACUGGUAUCCUGCUCCAAGAUAGCGUUUUGUUUGUUUGUUUGUUUGUUUUGGGUGUCACUAUUAACAGUGGGAUAUUCGUUGAAUGGCUGAAUUAAUGGGAAAUACAAAAUUGCGCAAUAAAUUUUAUACUUCUAUCUUGAA